UGUAGUUAGAUCUGACGUCAACUUUUUUUCAUCGAAAACGGAAAACCAAGCAAGCAGAUUAUUUAGUUUAGUUAGUCUAUAGAUCUAGAAUCUAGAUCUAUCUAGCUAGUCUAGAUCUAGAAGGUCUAGAUCCAACUCAGUAGACUAAGGCUAAUCUAAACCAACAUCAUGGAAGUAUCGGAAGCAGACAGUUCUAGUAACUCUAGUGUGCACAGGAGGAUUGGAGCUUCAGAUUUAGUAGAAGAUUUCUUGUGCGCUGUGUGCCUUCGACUUGCAGUUGACCCAACUACACUGACAUGUGGUCACACGUCUUGUCGAAUCUGCCUUGCUCAAUGGUUUUUUAACUCAAAAAAAAAGGAAUGUCCCAUGUGCCGCCAGCCUUAUGAAGGACACCCAAAAACAAAUUACCAAAUGAAAAAUAUGAUUCUAAAGUUAAUGCCUAAUGAUGUGGCAGAACGUGAAAAAGAGCUGGCGGAAAAUAAUGAAAAUAGUGAUGUGGUUAAAAAGUUUGAUGAAGCCCUGGCCAAAGUCAAGACAAAAAAGUCUGACUUCGCAUCAUUCUGUGCUGGAAUUGUUAUAGCUGUUUGUAUAUUUGUUGUUGCAUAUUUAGCUUGGUACUGGCAAUCUAGUGAUGCCAACAUGCUGGUGCUGAAACCUGUACAGACUUGGAGGCAGAAGGAUGUUGCAGCUUGGUUAGACCAGAUGAGUUGGGCCAGUCAGUAUGUACCUUUGGCAAUGGAACAUAAAAUAGAUGGCAAUGUGUUACUUUCACUAACCAAUGAAUCAGUGAAGCAAUUGCUGAAUGUGACAGAUACAACUCAUGAACAUGCCCUGCUGUUAGCCAUUGAAAUGCUUAAAGUGCAUGGCCUUAAAAUGCCUACAACAUUAUGGGAAUAUAAAACACUGUACCCUGGUCGAUGUCUGUUCCUAGUCUACGGCAUGAAGGAUUUUCCCCGUACCACAAUGCUUUAUCUAUGGCUAUAUUUUUAUGAUGAUAUGUUUCUGCCAUUUGUCAAGGCAAUAAUUGGACCAACUGAUGUAAAUCUUACCAUAAUUGCAGAAACAGAAGAAGUGAACACAUCUGAUUGGAUGAAGUUUGCCUUCACUGCUUUUGUCAUGCCAGAAUUGCUGGUGGUUUAUUUUGCCUGGCAGAUGUUUGCCCAUCAUUCUUUUACACCACUGUUUGUUUUGGUCACUGCUAUCUUGUAUCAAGUCUUGGAGUACUUUACAUGGACUCAAUUCUUUUCCAAGCAUGAAUGGAGACAAUCACUUCCACAUUUGAAGGCUUGGUUUCGGCAUCUGAUAUCAGCUUUUAUUUUUAUGGUUCUCUGGCCUAUAGUUCCAAGCCUUAUCUGUGAUGUUUUUUUUUAUGGCGCACUUUACAUCAGUCCAAUACAAGCCUCUAUUGCUCUUUAUAAUAAACUUGUACGCUGAAAACAACUUUCAAUUCACCCUUUUUUUUUAAACAAAGUAAAAGGAUUUGUUCAACUAUGAUCCUCAUUUUUACUGUAUUACUUAUAAUAAUAAAAAAUUUAUUAAACAAUAUUAAGUUUUCUUACAAAAAAAAGUAUUAUGGAGAAUUUUUCAAUGUACCUUUUGUUAAAAGAAAUGUGUGGUGGUAUUAUCAUAUUCACUACACUAAUAAUAUUCUGCUUUUCAUUCUGCUUUUUUUUCUUUUUUAUAAAGUGCAAUCUCAUUACAUUCCUGCUUGUCCACAAACAUCAUGACAAACUGUAUUUUAUAUCAUUUCAAAAUCUGUGACAUUGUUACAUAAUGUCAUAACAAACUAAAUUUUUCUAUAACAGUCCUCAACUUUAAAACUUGUCUGAUACAUAUGGCAAAAUACUGUGUAUUUUUUAUGGACGCAUGUAUUGUUAUGCAUUGUGAAUCAAAAAUGUUUUUCAAAUGAAUUUUUUAAAAGUCCAUGCGCCUACAUUGAUACUAGUUCAAUGCUAUAAAAGGUAUGUACCUGAUAUGUGCUUUUGAUAUAUACAAAAGUAACCCAAGAUAAUGACAGUGCUUUGUUUUGAAAUUCAUUUCCAGUUUCUAAUUUUUUUAAAAGCUCAGCAUGUGUUGCAAUAAGACAAUAAAAAACAAAUAGGUUGAAUUGUGGUUUACAAAAAUGAAGAACAUUUUAGCAAUAAGCAUAUGUUAAUUAGAAGUACACCCAUUUUGGUGCAAAACAAUUUAACCUCUAAAGUAUUACAUUGCUCCUACAAUUCUCUCUAACUGGGCCUGGGUUUUAUUUAUAGAAACAAAUAUGGUUUUUUCUAUGCAAUAUUUUUCUAAUGUGAAUGGUGGCAGACUUAUGUGAACUUGUGUUUUUUUUAAAUUAAAACUAAAGCUACAUUAUUAUUUAAAUGCAAGUCUUUAAUACUUUAAGAUAAUUUUUUUUUAAUUAUUUUUAAAAUCUUAAUGAAAGAUAUUUUUUUUAAAGUUGGCUUUUUGUGACCCCUUUUUAAGCUUCCAGUGUGUUGAACAUUUGGUUUAUCCCAUUACUUACAUUUUAAAUAUGUGCGUGUUUAUCCCAUUACUUAAAUUUAAAUAUGAAUGUUAUUUUAGAAACUAUUUUUAAACAGUUAAUAUUUACACUUGGCACCUAGAUUUAUUCUAGAUCUAGCUCAAAAACAGUUUUAUAAUCAAAUGAAAAAAUGUGUCCUUUCAAUACAUUCUGUACUGCAGAUUUUAAAAUGCAAAUAAAACAUUUUAUGACAUGC